GGAAGGAACCUGGGAGGGUCUAGAGUCCUCCCUCCAUCUCCACCUGCCAUGAAGCUCUCUUCAACUUCCUUCGGUUUCCUCUUCCUUGGGGCCACCUUUGCCCUGGCUUCUGUUUGCGCAUUGGAACCUGCUAAGGAGACUCAGGAUGUGGCUCAUAAGAGAGCCAACUGCUGCCUUAAUUACGUAAAUAAACCAAUUCCAUGCAAGGCCAUAAAAUACUACGAAAGGGCAUCCAGCACAUGUGCCAAGCCGGCUGUCAUAUUCCACCUAAAGAAGAAGAACAGAAAGGCAUGUGCUGACCCCAGCAAAGAAUGGGUACAGAAGACCUUGAAGUGUUUUCCACCACCAUCAUAGAGACAACACCCCUCCUGCUCCUUGCUCCCUCCUCCUUCUCAUCAGGAAGAGAACUGGAACCAGGUCUCAAGCUGUUUUGAAUGCCAGAAAAACCAGGCUUCUGCAAU